AUGGCGACAAGCUGCCACGGCAUCUCCGGUGAUCCCUGCUUCCUCUGCGAAAGGAACACAGAGAGAAUCCAGGAUUCAACUCGCGUUGCAGCCUGCUGCGCACAGCACAACGUGAGCCAUCCUCCACAGAUAUGCCAGUGUGCUGGCCUUCAGGGGGAUGCGUUGAAAAGCUGUCAAUGGGAGCAGGCAGUGACCGUUUGUCUCGAAAAGAAAUGCGGCUGUGCUCAUGCAAGUACAGGAUGGAUUGGGGACCCCUCCGAUCUCUGCGACCUUUGUGAAGCGUUUGAAGUUCUUCCCUGCUGCGACGAAACCGAGCGAGAAGCACCGGAGCCGGAGACAUAUCGCUGCAAAACUCUUUUCCAGCAGGCCGUCACCGAAAAGAUAGAGUGUGUGGAACAAGGAUGUCGGGCAUGCAUUGAUGAGAGGUGCCGCCAGUACUGGUGUGAGGGCACACAGGGCUACACUGAACAGUGCUGUCUCCUGGGGGCUUACAACUCACCGAAGAUUUGCGAAGCAGCCCAAGCCCAGGGCCGUCAGCGCCGAGAGAUUCUGCCCUAG